CCACUUUAGCCCUGUGUGUGCGUAUGUGUGUGCGUGCGUGCAUGCAUGUAUGUGUGUGUGUGUAAUUUCUCUAAACAUAAAUAACCAUAUUGAACAUGAAAUAAAGUGUCACGUAGGCUUGCAUCCUUUAAUAUAUAAAAUAAAAUAAAGAGCUGAAAGUUUGAUAGUGAUAUUAAAUAUACUUAAAUCUCAUUUUUAUUUUAGACCAAAUUAAGAUAAAGUACACAAAUUAUAUAUCAUAAAUACUAAUUUACUUUAAGCUAAAUGCUAAUGUCACUAUGAUGUUCACAACGACACUGCUAAGUUUCUGGUGUUUAGCAGGGUUUUUUUUUUUUUUUUUGUGCUAAUCUGCACUAAACACAAAGUGCAGCUCAGGCUGAUGUCUUAGCUGGCAAGUAUCAAACAAACUAGUUGAAAAGUCUGCAGAACGGAAAAUUUAUUGCAGUUGUCCCUGAGGAGAACAUGAACGUCUGAACGGAUGAGCAAUCAGCUCAAUAGUUCCGGAGUCUGGACAAAGGUGAUGGACUGAUCAACAGAUAUCUGUAACCAUAGAGCCAUGCUGCUAGAAAUUCUUAAAAGAAUUAAUGACUUCAGUGCUUGUCAUUUUAUUCUUUCCAAUAUCUCUCUAUUAUGGUCUCUACUACUGACUCUUGUGCAGCUGCUUAUUUCUUUAUUUUAAAUUCUGCACUACAUUUUUUCCUUCAUUGUUGUCUUUGAUUCUCGUUUUUACAUCAUCAUGUCCAUGCUUUUCCUGUAAAAGCACUGUUGAAGGGAGCUUGAUAAGGAGAAUUUCAUUGCUACUGCUUCACUAUAAUUGCAGUGCAUAUCAAAUUGAGAAUUUAAAGUUUGAAACUUCGACAGGAUUAACUUUGGUGAUUUUUGGUUUUUAAAGAUGUUUUCUGGCUUCCUUUGCAGCCUUAUGCACCAGCUGACAGCAGACAGAGUGAUCCUGUAUCAAACUGUAGUUAAAGGUUAAAUGUUAUGUGUUAGUUAAAUGUUUUAAUCCGCUGCUCAGACUUUGUGAAUGGCAGAUGUGCCGUGUUGUAACAGAGCCAUGCAGACCGCGCGCAUGGUGUGACAGCCUCUGCGCGCUCUGAUUGGUUCGCGUUCAGGGAGGCUGCGACUCUAGAGUUCCCUACAGUCACGGGUUCGACCAAUGAGCGUGAAGUUGUUUGCCGUGCGGCCACGCCCCCUCUGUCAUUUCACCCAAUGGGCUGCGGUUUGCACCUAUCGCAGUGAAGAGGUGAUCAGUUAGUGGUCGGGGUGAGAGGUCCGGGUGAUCAAUAAGGGGUUUUGGUGUCAGUGGCUCAUAGUUUCAGUGUGUGUGCCUGGACCGAGCGGACCGGAGACGAGAUGGACCCCCUGCUGUACCUGGCCGGACUGGCCGUCAUGUUCCUUCUGUGGAUCAGAGUCAAAGGUCUCGACUACGUGAUCGUCCACCAGAGAUGGAUCUUCGUGUGUCUGUUCCUGCUGCCGCUCUCCGUCAUAUUCGACGUGUACUAUUAUGUGCGCGCGUGGCUCAUUUUCAAGAUGUGCUCUGCGCCCAAACUGCACGACCAGCGCGUGCGAGACAUCCAGCGACAGGUGCGAGAGUGGAAGAAGGAGGGCAGUAAGACCUACAUGUGUACGGGUCGACCUGGCUGGCUCACUGUGUCUCUCAGAGUGGGCAAAUAUAAGAAGACCCACAAGAACAUCAUGAUCAAUAUGAUGGACAUCCUGGAGGUGGAUACAGAGAGGCAGGUGGUGAGAGUUGAGCCGCUGGCCAACAUGGGUCAGGUGACGGCUCUCCUCAACUCUAUUGGCUGGACGCUGCCGGUGCUGCCUGAGCUCGAUGACCUCACCGUGGGCGGUCUGGUGAUGGGUACAGGCAUUGAGUCGUCCUCUCAUAUCUAUGGACUGUUUCAGCACAUCUGUGUCGCGUAUGAGCUGGUCCUAGCGGAUGGCAGCUUAGUACGCUGCACUGAGGAGGAGAACUCUGACCUGUUCCAUGCCGUCCCGUGGUCCUGUGGAACUCUGGGCUUCCUGGUUGCAGCCGAGAUUAAGAUUGUUCCCGCUAAGUCAUGGGUGAAGCUGCGCUACGAGCCGGUCAGAGGACUGGAGAACAUCUGUAAACGCUUCACUGAAGCAUCGGAGAACAAGCAGAACACAUUUGUUGAAGGCAUCCAGUACAGUCUGGACACCGCUGUCAUCAUGACGGGAACCAUGACUGACCACGCAGAGCCUGAUAAGAUUAACAGAAUCGGUCAGCACUUCCAACCCUGGUUCUUCAAACACGUGGAGAGCUACCUGAGGAGCGACCAGUCAGGAGUCGAAUACAUCCCUCUGAGACAGUACUACCACAGACACACACGCAGCAUCUUCUGGGAGCUUCAGGAUAUUAUUCCCUUCGGCAACAACCCAGUGUUCCGCUGGAUUUUCGGAUGGAUGGUCCCUCCGAAGAUCUCACUGCUGAAGCUCACCCAGGGAGAGACCAUCAGGCGGCUUUACGAACAGCACCACGUGGUCCAGGACAUGCUGGUACCCAUGAAGAACCUGCAGGCGGCCAUCACGCGCUUCCACGAGGACAUCGAGGUUUACCCUCUGUGGCUGUGUCCAUUCCUGCUGCCAGCAGGCAGAGGGAUGGUCCACCCCAAAGGUCAGGAGGAGGAGCUGUAUGUGGAUAUCGGGGCUUACGGAGAGCCCAAAGUCAAACACUUUGAAGCCAAAGCGUCGACACGUCAGCUGGAGAAGUUUGUCAGAGACUCACAUGGGUUCCAGAUGCUCUACGCAGACGUGUACAUGGACCGAGAGGAGUUUUGGGAGAUGUUUGACGGACAGCUGUAUCACAGACUGAGAGAGGAGCUAGGCUGUAAAGAAGCCUUCCCCGAGGUUUAUGACAAAAUCUGUAAAUCUGCCCGACACUGACCCUCCCCCCCACACACACACCCACCCUGUGUCUUAAGAGGUCCUUCUAUCAAUGUGAAGCAGGAGCACAAGUAUUGUAACGAUCUGAGGUCAUGAAUGUAUUCCCUCUCCCUCGUCUGUACACAACAAGCUCGUGUCAACAUUCAUGUUCUGACUUCGUGAACCACUUCAGUCAAAACCAGCACGUGUAGCUUAAACAUACUGAACAUACUGUACCCAAUGUUUUAUUUGUGUUUUCUUCUUCUUCUUCUUUUUUUUAAAAAUGUGUAUGUUCAGUGGAGCUCGACCGAUACGUGAUCUUAGGUGACGAUGCCGAUAUUAGGGACUGAAAAAUGUAGAUAUUACUCCAACAGCCGACAACUUCUUUUUGCAAUGAUCCCUCAAAUGUGGUUAUAAAAAACACUCAUGGCAAAGAUAUGAAACACAGGCAGGAUAAUUUGCACGGAAACAAUAAACUUACUUGCAAUUUUUUGCUCCAGUAAGAUUUUUUUUUAAAUAGUUUAAUUUAGGCGUGUUUUACGACAAACACACUGAUAACUAUAUAUCUGUGAUCGGCCAUGCUUUAUAUCGGUCGGACUUGAAUGCUACACAACUUUUUCCCAAUUUAAAAUCUUUAUGUACUGUUUAUCACAGACUCCUCUGUACACCUCAGCCUUACGCACAGUGCCACAGACUUUGAAAACUUAACCUAAUAAGCUUCAGACACAUAUAUUUUAAAAUAUAAACUUUUGUGAUAAAGCUGUACAAUUUUUUAAAAAACAACCAUGUUGUAACUGCGUAAUGGCCUGUUUUUUUUUAAGUAUAUGAAAAACAUGUCAUAUCACCAGGACUGUGUAAGGAUUGAACAUGAUCAUUAAAAGCUCUUUUCUGCAUUGUU